AUGUCGAGGGAAAAAAAGUCUUGAUUACAUCAGUGCCUUUCACAACUUUUAGGACAUUGGGAUUUUAAUAAGGGUAAUUUGAGUGUUUGCACUGUAGUAUUUAAUUAUCCUCUCCUCUACAGACGUCUAUUUAUACAUUAAUGGUCACACAUUCAUCGGCGUUUUUAUUUCAAAAUGGCUGCAGAACGCGACCACAGCGUCUCUUCGCUUCUAUACUCUUUGACAAACCUGUCUGUCACGGACACUACGUUGGCAGAUGUGAAAAGACACCUGUAUCCAUGGAUCAGACCGACCAAUCAGCGCUUGAGUGGUCUCUCAAUGGUCGCUGGCCGAGGGCCAUUUUCAUUUUCCCACGCAUGGAAAUGAUACAUUUAAUACAAAGUUCAUACUGGGUCAUAAACAUGGACUGUAUAAAAGCCCCCAUACGUGUGAGGAGGGGUUCAAACGUAGAAUAAAGCGCAUUGUACUACAACAUGUCCUUAUCCAAAGAACAACUGUCGGUAGCCGCCGCCGAGCAAUCACGAAAGCCCAAAUGCACCCGGUGCCGACACCAUGGGAUCAUCGUCCCGCAGAAGGGCCACGUUAAGUGCUGUCCUUUUCUCAAAUGUGACUGCUGGAAGUGCUAUAUCAUCACACAACGGACUCACAUCACGGCCCUCCAGCGAAGUCUGAAGAAAGUCUCAAAGAACCCCCAAAAUAAAGAGCAACGACUCGGCGUCCACACCGCCGUCAGCGCGGGGAAACCAGCGGCUGAGGAGACUUGUAGCCCCUUGGCCCCGGAUGAAGAGGGUCUGUCGGCCGCAUUGGGCACGGAGCGGGCCGCCGCAAACCGGAGUAAACCUGCCGCGGGGGGGCAGACGUCGGCCGGUUUGGACAGCGGAGAGGUGGUGCCCUUCACUUCCAGUGAGGAAGAGCCUCGCACACAUGCCCCUUACUUUGGUGGAUUUGGCCCGGUUGCACCUCUGCCUGUUCUUCACGUCCCGUGGAUGUCGGGUUACCCCAGCGGCUACGGGCCGCGUCCAAACCUCCUGCUCCACAGGCCGUGGUGGCCCCCCGUGCCCACUGGGCUUUACAACAAUGGCCUCCGCGGGGCCCUGAUGUUCCCCCACUUCCAGCCGGCUGCUCCGCAUUACCCGCCUCCACAGGGGCCUGGACCUGCUGCUGAGGAUUGCAGACCGGUCUUCCUCACCCUCCGACCCCUCGCGCUCCCAGAGCCAGGAGGAGCCGAUGUCCUGGCAGCACCCACCGUCUCCUCCGUCCAAACCCACUGAGCCAGAUGUGGAGGAGCUGGAUUAAAGCACAGUGAGCAGGUUCAUAAGGGGGGCUACAUUAUAAGAACUGAGCCAUUUCCUCCAGGUUUUGUUUUUUGCAGUUUAUCGGCA